AAAUUGCCCAGGACAUUGUCAGAUCUGUAAGUCUUAAGAUGGUGAGAACAAUACGACUUGCAUCCACCUACCCUAUAACUUUAUAUUGCAUCUCAAAAUCUCAAAACAUCAACUAUUUCCUUGCUCUCUUCAUCAUCUCAUCUCAUCCCAUCCCAUCCCCCGUAACUCAAACCCAGUCCACACACAACAUGCACCCUCCCGUCAAUCUGAGCCCGAUGCGAUACACGAGCACAAGCCCGCAAAGAUCCUUCCCCCCUCCCCUUCAGUUCUCCGGGAUAAGAAAAGAAGAAAGGGGGGUAACAGUAACACCAAGACAAAGCAACAAAGUAAGUACAAUAGAGAUUGUCGCCCCCCCCCCCGAACCCUGUCUCGCCUGGGGAGAUACAAUGUGUGGCGAUUGUGUAACAAAGAAAAAAAGAAAGCUGGGUGCUGGAUGCUUGUACGCUCUUUUGCCUUCCCCCCCAACCCUCCCCCAAGACAUAGACCUGCGAGAAAGGGAAGGAUGGGGGAUACCUGCAAGGAACUGCUCUGCUUGGGGCUGAAGAGAACGAACGGGACAUGGAGUUGUUGCUCCGUCUCGCUGGGAUAGCCGAGCAUCUAGCCCAUGUUCUCCCCCAUGUUUAAGCCAUGCGAGGGGCCA